AUGGCUGCUGGCAGUGCACGCUGGCAUAAUGCUCUCCAGCUCGCUCUGCAGAAGGAAGAAGGAAAGAAAAAUGUCUUUCAGCUCGCAACUACUGACGUCAAUAGCGCUACUCCAUACGUUCGUAGCCAUAUCCUCAGGGACCACAUCAUCCAUCCAUCCCUGCCUUCUCUGCCUUGCUCCUCACAAGCACAGACAUCCGUACUCCGAAGGUCACUCAGAUCAAAUCCAACCCUAACCAUCGCGUUGAAGCGCACUUCUGGAUCGAAGCCACAAACGAGGAAUUCCGUGUCUCUGGGCGUGCAGGCUAUCUACCCCUCACCUGACCUUAAGGAGACAAAAGGAAUCGAGGGCGUGGGGGAGGUGUAUGAUGCAUUCCGGAGUCAGGGGUGGGACUGGGAGGACGAGCGACGGAAGCAAUUCGAUAGUGUCGGUGCGCACAUGCGCGCAUCCUGGUGCCGGCCUGUUCCUGGUUCCCUCAUGGACUCUUACAGCGAUGCAGAGAAGUGGCCUGUCAAGGUCGCGAAACCCGGAGAGGAAGGGUAUGACGCUAAGAAUUACGAGGAGGCCCGAGGAAAUUUUUCUUUAGUUCUAAUUGACCCUGUUGAAGUUGACUAUGUCGAACUGGGGGUUAUGCCUAACCGGAGGACAAAGUUCAUUAAACAGGAAACGGAGAACGAAAGAUGGAAGGAGGUGAUAGUGGUCCCAUAA